AUGGAGGAAGCAGAGACGAAACACUCAGAGGUGGACUCAUCCAUCACCCAAGCUGAAGUCACUGAGGUGGCUGACAACCCUUCGGCUCUUUGUAUUUUAUUGAAUUUUUGCAUUGGUUUGUUGUCUUUGAUUACAAUUUGUGGCAACCUUCUUGUAAUCAUUUCUAUUAUAUAUUUUCGACAGCUCCACACUCCUACAAACUAUCUUAUUUUGUCCCUAGCGAUGGCUGAUUUACUGGUUGGAUUUGUUGUCUUCCCUCUUACUAUACAAUUCUCCAUCAGCUCAUGUCUGUUUGAAAGGGAACUGUUUUAUAGGUAUUACUCCGUCUGCCAGCCUUUGACUUACAAAGCUAAAAUAACUGACAGUGUAGUCCUAGUUAUGAUAUUUGUUAGUUGGACAAUUUCAGCUUUUAUUGGAAUCGGUCUUACAAUAAUGAACCAAAUACCAUGCGAGGGAAAUUGCUUUCAUAAUGUUAUUCUUGUGAAUAUAAUGUGCCUUAUUUUUGCCUUUUAUGUACCAGUGUUUGUAAUGUUAUGUAUAUAUUUGAACAUUUUUCUUGUAGCUCAAAAGCAAGCACAAAGUAUCCAAGGAACCCAGAGCGGAGUUAGUAAAAUGGAGAAAAAAGCAACCAAGACUUUAGCCACAGUGAUGGGUUUAUUUCUGUUAUGUUGGUUGCCAUUCUAUAUUUGUACAACUGUUAUGUCUUUUGACCCUGGUUCUCUCCUACCUCUGGCCUUCAUUGAAUUUCUAAACUGGCUCGCACUCAUAAAUUCAACCCUCAACCCCUUUAUUUAUGCUUUCUUCUAUAGCUGGUUCAGAGCUGCAUUCAGAAUGAUAAUCUCUGGAAAAAUAUUCAUGGGUGAUUUUGCCAACUGCAAAUUGGAAUAA